GGAGCUUGAUGGAAGCGAUGUCCCCCCAACAGGACCACGUCGGGCAAGGGCGCUCCUCCUCGCUCACCGGGGGGUCCCGGCUCUCCGCGGUCUCCGACGGCAAAAAGAAAAUGAAGAGCUUGGCCCAAAGACGUCAGUCUGCCCCAUCCCUCGUGAUCAGCAAAGCGCUGAACAAGACCAGAACGAAUGCCAGGGAGGGUUGCUUUUCCCCAGUCAGUCCAGAGACGUGUCUGCUGGUACAGUCCUUCCUCUCUCCCAACAGAACGUUGCUCCUGGAAGGGCACGUGCAGCUGAAGACGGGCCUGCAGACCCAGGAACGACACCUUUUCCUUUUCACAGACAUCCUUGUUGUUGCCAAGCCCAAGUCCCAGUUGCACUUCAAGCUGAAGAGCCAGGCUCGUCUCUGUGAAAUAUGGAUAGCCUCUUGCAUGGAGGAGGUCUGUGAGGGCAGUACUAACCCUGAGAAGUCCUUCGUUCUAGGAUGGCCCACCACCAACUGUGUCGCUAACUUCAGUUCCACCGAGCAGAAAGAGAAGUGGCUCACUUCCAUUCAAAGCCGAAUCAAAGAAGAGAAGGCAAAAGACUAUCCCAAAAGCAUUCCCUUGAAGAUCAUUGCAAAAGAUCUUGGAAACUGUGCAUAUUCAAAAACACUAACUGUAACCAACAUGGAUACAGCGAACGACGUGAUCCUCAUGGCCCUGCAGCAGCUGGGAAUUAAUGGCUCUGAAAAGGACUACCAGCUGUGGGUGAAUUCGGGGAAAGAAGAUGCACCCUAUCCUCUCAUUGGACACGAAUAUCCUUUUGGGAUUAAAAUGAGCCACAUUCGAGACACUUUGCCUCAGGCUCAGGGAUCAAAGGACUGUGCCUGCCCGCCGGACCUCCAGGGGGCUUUCCUGAUCGAGCAGCUGCCCCGGGAGCUCCAGUGCCAGUUCAUACUCAAGCCAAGCCGCCUGGCCUCGGGCCCUCAGCUGAACGAGUUGAGCCAAAAACCAUUUAAAAGGAAAAGAUCAAUUAUCAACUGGGCCUUCUGGAGGGGCACAGGCGCCCCACUGGACAAUGCGCCGCCAUCGCCAACGUCUCCUUCAUCAGGGAAGCUCUUUGGCCUUUCACUCUCUGCUAUCUGUGAGAACGAAAACCUGCCCAAGCCAGUCUUGGAAAUGCUUUCUUUUCUCUAUCAAGAGGGGCCUUUCACCCGAGGUAUCUUCAGGCGUUCAGCAAAUGCAAAAUCCUGCAGGGAGCUGAAGGAGAAACUCGACUCAGGCGCUGAAGUGCACUUACUCUGCGAGUCCAUAUUUGUGACAGCUUCUGUGUUCAAGGAUUUUCUUCGUAAUAUCCCAGGCAGCGUUUUCUCAUCCCAGCUCUGUGAGCAGUGGGUCUCCUUAAUGGAUGAAGGGAACUGUGAAGAGAAGAUAAAAACAAUCUGCAGGCUAAUGGAACAGCUCCCCAGGGCCAAUGUGGUUUUGUUGCGUUACCUCUUUGGAGUGUUGCACAGCAUAGAGAAACAGUCUGAAGACAACCAGAUGACUGCGUUUAACUUAGCAGUGUGUAUCGCACCCAGCUUGCUCUGGCCUCCAGCUCCCGUAAGCCCUGGGACAGAGGGCGAAUUUACAAAGAAGGUUUCUGUCCUUGUCCAGUUUCUGAUUGAAAACUGCUGCAGGAUUUUUGGAGAGGAAAUCACUUCCAUCUUCAGGGAUAUAAUGCCCAAAAAUGACAACAGAGAAGAUGGUUCAGAUCUCUCCUCUUUUCAUCUGAACGACUCCUCUUAUGACAGUUUGGAAAACGAGCUGAAUGACUGCGCGGACUCCGCAUUUAACAACCUGAUCAAAAAACGAGGUCAAGAGAACAGGAGCAGAGACUCUGUUUUGACCCUGAGCGACUGUGAUUUGGACCCAGUGGAAACAGAAGACCCCCAGAUGAAAUUGCCGGCCAAGUCACAGCCAGUGUCCAUUUCUGCUGGCUUCCGUCACAAAUCUCCGUCACGGGAGCAUUCAGAGAAUGAGUCUUUGUGUUCCGUCAUGUCGGGAUACUCAUCUACAGCCCUUUCAGAUGUCCUCAAAAGUUCAAGAAGACACAGACGCUGCUCCGAACCCACUAUCGGCCUUCUAGCCUCCAAGUUUACGCCCGUCAGUGGGUUCCAUGAAAGCGCCGUCCGUAAAGCCAGCUGCGAUGCCGUUCUGUCCCAUACAGACGAAGACUGUCUUACACAGCUUCGCUCGCUGCAAGUGGAAGGCCAGAAGCUUAUCAAUCAGAGUCUGGUUAUGGGGAUAGACAUGGGCAAGAAUGUUCCAGAAAGCCACAGCGGUGAAAAGAAAGACACCUCCAAUCGCCUUCUGCCACCACCUCCACUUAGGCUGAAUAUUAGUUCCAGAACCAGCUGUUCUAGUCUAUCAUCUCCUGGUACUUCCCCCUCUGGGUCUUCAAUGAGUUCUUUAGACAGUGCUUUUUCACAGUUUUCAGACUACUCAGUGUUUACCCCAACCGAGACCUCCUCUCCUUUGGACUGCAGUUUUCAUCCUCCAAGGAAAUAUGGAGAACUUUCCCCAGAUUUUAAUCCUUUCUCAGGUAUCCAGCUUGGGCCAGGGGCUGCCUCUUUUCCAAAUCAAACUACUAGCAGUCAUAGCGGCAGCCUGGUAGGCGUUAAGAAAGAGAGCCUGGAGUGGCCACCUCAUAAAAGCCCCGUCACCCUCCAUCCCAGCACAUGGCUAAAAAGUGGGGCUUCCACCAUGAAAAACUGGACUCUUCAGAAAAGGGAGAGGGCCUCCAAGCAAGAAGAGAAAAAGAAGAGCUCUACUAAAAUAACCGUGGAGACGGAAAUGUGUCCUUCAGAUGCGUCUGAGACUAAUUUAUAUCAAGGGCAGUGCCAAGGAAUGGAAAAUCGUGUUGCGAGCGCAGGUGUUAACACUGCGUCACUGAACCAGGAGAGCAGCUCUUCUCAGGGAGCUGGGCUACUCAGCGGUCUUCCCUUUUGUCUAGGGGAAGUCAAGGAUAAGAGGUUGAAGGCCUUGGAGCUUUUGGCUGAACUGAGCAAAGAAGAGGAAGAGGAGGAAAGUUCUUCAGUUUUCCCUUCUCAUAAAAGACCACCUUCCAGUACAAACCCAAGUGCCAAACAUAAACUGGAGCCAGAUGCUGCGCUCAGCAGUGAGUGUCUACAUGUGACCAAGGAAAAUGUCAAUGAAUCUGCGAUUUCCUCAGAGGUCGAAGCAGGGGAUUCCAGGAAUGGUAAAUUUUUAUCACAUGUGGAGUCCAAAUUUGCUGAUGUGGACUCCGAAAGAGAAUUCUGUGCCUCAUCGGAACUCACAAAACCCGAGGGGAAACUCUUGUUUCGAUCUAAUUCUGAUACUUGUUUCCCAAAAUCGGAAGGUGGGAUUGAGCCUGGCAAAACAGGGUGGAUGAAAAAGCUGUGUGUUGAUCCCAGAUUUGAGGAGAUUGACCAAACGUUUUUCACUGAGGAAUCCUACGUUUGA